UAUGCUAAAUGGAACAAUGUAACGGAUCGGGAGUGACAGGCUUAACCGGUGGGUUACUUAUUAAUCCAGGUCCAGGCCGAUAUCGUACUUAAGGCAUGCUAACCGACAGCGCUGUCCCCAGGCAAACGGAGAACCGAAUCGCGAUGGUGAUGACAGGUCGACGCAGAAGAUUUUAGAGGAGCGCUCUUCCUUUCUGACCUCAGCGUCCGCACAAGGUGACCCGAGGCCAGUCUGAUCAAAUCAGAAGCCUUCAAUUACUCCGCCUGAAACACUACCCAAGAACCUCAGAUCUUUAAAUAAAGUGAAGGGGCGAACGAAGUUUACCACGUGGUGAAAGGUGAGACGUUUCCACCCCACGGAGACUGUCCCAAGCUAGUCAGAGAGAAGAAGCGGAGAGACGUGCAUCUGCCAAGACCUCGGGAGGCAAACACAAGGCGAUUGAAAGGAGCAGCAGUUCAGUUGUGGACCUUUUUUCUUGUCUGCAGCCGGUGUCUUCAAGAUUUAAAUAUUUAAUCCGGUACAUUGCGAGUGGCCCAGAGUGACUUGUUUUUUUUUCCCCUAAGGAAGAGGAAAAUAAUAAUAAAUACUGAACACAUUUUCCCUUUGAAGGGAAAUUAAAUUGUGAAACUUGUUUGUCGUUUGGCUUUAGAAAAAAAAAAAUUGCAGUGGAUGGAGAGAAUAACCCGGAUACUCCCUAAAUACCGGCAAGAUCUUAAACAUACCUGGGGAAGGGCUAUGCACCUGGCCUCAUUAUCGGGAUCGAAGGAGUGAAUGCAACAUUGGCCCUGCAUUCAGUAGUCAAAAACACAAGUUCUUUAAUGGGAUAAAUUAUUUGGAAGGCGAUCCGUAGGAGGAAAAAAAGACUAAUUCCCUGCUUCCAGUCCUAAUAUUUCUCAUUCGUUGUAUUUCCUUUUCAACCAUCCGCAUGGUACUGUGGUCGAAAGAGCAAGACAAGCCGUCAGAAAUGUCCACCGGUGCAAUAGAAGCGAAGAAGGAGGGAGCGCCACCGGCCUAUCACCACACGAACGGGUCGGUGCACCCGAUCAUACUGACGGACAGCCCGGAGGAGCUGCGGCCCGAAGCGGGGGACUACGAGCUCACGGAGGUCACUUCCUUCUCGGAGCGGACGGAGGGCGAGGACGACCGGUCUGAAGUGGUGGUGAUCGACUGCAGGGCCAACGCCAAGGGCCAGCGCGAGGAGGAUGCUCUCCUGGAGAACGCCAGCCAAAGCAACGAGAGCGAUGACGUCAGCGCGGACCAAAGCCCGGUGCCGCCGGCUCCCCUGAAGGAAUCCUCCUUCUCCAUCGGACUUCAGGUGGUCUUCCCAUUCCUGCUGGCCGGGUUUGGGACCGUCGCCGCCGGCAUGGUUUUGGACAUUGUGCAGCACUGGACGGUGUUCACCGAGGUGACAGAGGUGUUCAUUCUGGUGCCCGCUCUCCUGGGUUUGAAGGGGAACCUGGAGAUGACCCUGGCCUCUCGACUGUCCACGGCAGCUAACAUCGGCCACAUGGACACUGCCAAGGACAUGUGGAACAUGAUCAUGGGAAACCUUGCGCUCAUUCAGGUCCAGGCCACCGUGGUGGGGUUCCUGGCCUCCAUCGCGGCAGUCAUCUUUGGCUGGAUUCCCGAGGGCCAAUUCAAGAUGGGCCACGCCGUCCUGCUGUGCGCCAGCAGCGUGUCCACGGCCUUCAUCGCGUCUCUGUUGCUGGGGCUCAUCAUGAUCGGGGUGAUCAUCGGCUCCAGGAAAGUGGGCAUCAAUCCGGACAACGUGGCGACGCCCAUCGCUGCCAGUCUGGGCGACCUCAUCACCCUGGCUCUGUUGGCGGGCAUCAGCACGGGGCUGUACAAGCAGCUGGACCACAACAACUACGCCAACCCGCUGGUGUGCGCCUUCUUCGUGGCGCUCACGCCCGUCUGGGUUCUGAUCGCCCGCCGCAUUCCCUCCACCCGCGAGGUGCUGUACUCCGGCUGGGAGCCCGUCAUCAUCGCCAUGGCGAUCAGCAGUAUUGGGGGCCUUAUCCUGGAUAAAACUGUGUCCAACCCCAACUUUGCUGGAAUGGCAGUCUUCACCCCAGUCAUCAAUGGUGUGGGGGGGAACCUGGUGGCUGUGCAGGCCAGUCGGAUCUCCACCUACCUGCACCUGGUCGCCCUGCCCUUGGGGGAGCCCAACCCCACGCCCAGCAAGUGCCCGACCCCCUGCACCACCUUCUUCAGCUCGAAUGUUUCUCUUUCUCGCUCGGCCCGAGUGCUCUUCCUCCUGGUGGCGCCGGGUCACCUGGUCUUCCUCUACGCCAUCAACUCCAUGCAAGGCGGCCACACCUCACUGACCACCGUCUUCAUCGCAAUUUACAUGACCGCUGCACUGUUGCAGGUGUUGAUCCUGCUGUACCUGGCUGAUUGGAUGGUGAACUGGAUGUGGGGGCGGGGCAUGGAUCCAGACAACUUCUCCAUCCCCUACUUGACGGCCCUGGGGGAUCUGCUGGGCACCGGAUUCCUGGCCCUGUGCUUCCAUAUCCUUUGGUUGAUUGGGGACCGCGAUGCGGACGUGGGCGACUAAUGGCACACCCGCCCCGAAAAACGCACCGCCUCUCUUCCUGAACGGGACUCUUUAUUUAUUCGAGCAAUUAAGGAGUUGUUGCUGUUGAUGUUGUUGUUGUUAUUAUUAUUAAUAUUAAUAUGUUUUCAUUUUUUUUUUUUUAGUGGGAGAAGGGAAACCUCAUUAUUUUUCAAUGGGGUUUUUCUCCCUUGGCCAGUCAUGUUGGCCACAUUUGCAAAGGCUGAGAUCGACUUACACUUGAAACGAUGAAAAACAGCAAAAAAUUUUAAAAAACGAAAAUAAAAAAAUAAAAAACACACAUAGAAAUGCUCAAUCACCAAGUGCUAUUUGGAUAGAAAUGCAUAUGAAUGUUGAAUAUUAUACGAAUACGAUGGUUUAUUUAGGAUGGUUUAUUUUUGUUUUGGUGUCCUCCCCUCCCUCGUUGACUUGGAUGAUUGAAACAAGCCUAACGGGGGAUUGCGGGCCAGAAUGUAAUUUACCUGAAAAUUCCUGAGUCUCACGUCCUUGUGUCAUAAAAGAGGUUUUAUUCUAAUCGCAGAACUGGAACGCGGUGGUGACCGACAGUCUGGCACCACACCUGGGACUGUACUCCAGCUGAGAAUCAGGCUGUUCGGACUUUACUGAAGCUUAAUCAGGUGACUGAGGCUUCUUUACAACUGUGAGGUUAAAGCAAACGGUGGUUCUAUUUGAAAUUUGGUCAUGGCCUCUUACAACACUGCUGUUAUUACCCACAAGGGUUUUUAAAAAAUGUUUUAUUAUUUUAAUUUUUUUAAAUUUUUUUUUUACACUUGAUGGGAGCCAAGAGCUACGUUUGUUGUUUUCCUGACAACUUCUAAAUGCUAAAUGGCAAAAGUGCUUAACUGGAACUAUUUUAAUUCGUCAGCACAAGACAGCAGUAAGAAACUGCGCAAGCUUUGACUAAACGUUUUUUUUUUUAAUUUUUAUUAAAAUGCUCUUAAUCGCACAUAGAUAAAUUCAAUCAGGGGUCACAGAAAUGAUCAUGUAAUGGCGUACUGCUAUUAUUUCCAUGGCCUCUCUCAACCAGAGAGGAAAUCUUUGGCCUUAAAACACGUCCACAAGCCUUAUGAUUGAGCGAAUCUCUAAUGUAUGUCGGAUAAGCAUAACUGUCCAAAUAUAUUUUCAGAGUGACAGGUUUAAUGUUCAGUGGCCUCAGAAGGGAUGUGAACAGGAAGUUCGACCUGCCCCCUGCAGAAAUCACACAGCUAAGAUGUUGGCUUCUUGCUGAGGUUUGUGUUGAAUGAAUCAUUAAAGCCAUCGAUCCUCAUUGACACCACCACUGGUACCACGGUCAUCUUAGGAGUUUUUUUCCUGGUUUUUCGUGGUUUUUCUCAUAGUUGUGAAAUUCUAAUUUUGGGACUGUGAACCACUUAUCACACACAUUUGUAAUAAUCUUGAAAUAUUUCUUAGAGCAGCAUAUCAGAUUGAAAUGACAUCUGAUGCAGAGACAGGAAAAGAGGAGGCAGGUAUACAUUUACAAUUAGAAUGAGCAAAAACUUUAGAAAAAAAAAUAAAACGUUCAAAAGUGUUUUGUGUAGCAUUUGUUUAUCAAAGGGCUGUUUUCACCAUCCUAACAAAUUAAUAUGAAUAGCUUUCCUCUUAAUUUUUUUACACAGUCACUUGCCAAUUUGUUAUGAGGCACAAAUUUAUUUAGGUUUUUAUUUGAAUUUGCCAAAGGAGAUGGAGUUAAACCUAGUCCAAGUGGCCUACAAGUACACUCUUAAGAGCCUUCUGAGCUUGUCACAUGAAACGUGGAAUGUACAGGGUUCUAAUUAUCCAUAAGAAGACUUAAGCCUUGUAAAGAAUAGCUCACUUGACCUGAACUGCAUAUCCAUACCUCAGCCACAAGAGAGGGGAAAAAAAACAAAAAAACAUGUUUAUUGGUGACCGUCGAACAAGGGCCUUAACAACAAUGCGCAUGUUAGCAUGCUUGAGAAUUAGGAUAUGUGAGUAAAUAGAAUUACUGUAACUCAAAUAGGUGAAUGAGCCAGUACAAGCUAGCCGUUUUAUUCAGCUUGAUGGCUGGACAGACGUCAAUGUUGAACUUAGACAUGGUGAAUUGCCGCAGUUUCAUGAAGUCAAAGAUGUAAUGAGAAAUGUAAAGAAAAUGAUGGAUAACUUGGAUCUGUAUUAAUUGUUUAUUACUGAACAAUAUUCGGUGUUCUUUUUAAGGAAUGCUGCACAGAUCAUAUUUAUGUAUUGUAUAUGGGGCCACCAGAUUUCAUUAUCUGGACUUAUUGCAUUUGAUAUUCAUUGCUUAUGAAAGAAAUUAUGUUUUCUUCUCUUAAAGAGAGUUUUCCCAAUUUUCACAAUACAUUUUUCAGUGUGGAGGGCAAGCUGACUGUUAGAUGUGUAUAUUUCAAAUGGUGAUGAUUUUUUUAUUGCGAAUGAUUUUUUAAAAUCAAUUUUAUGUUAUGUUUAAUUUUUUUUUUGUUUUAUGUUUUGGUGUGAUGGAUGAUAAAAAAUUUAUAUCAUCAACUGUGGUGACCACACCUGAAUGAAAUGGUCGAACAUAAUUUUGUGCUGUAGUACUGUAAUACUCACAAACAACCACACGGGGGCAGUCUUGGGAUAGGAACGGUGCAGCUGUGUUGAGAGUUGCCUGGUUUAAAUUACAAGUUAAAUGUUCAUAAUUUGUUCUCCUUCGAUUUUACUGUUGCUGUUAACAAAACUGGUGCCAAGAUUUUACCACUAUUACACAUUUAUUUGGUUGUCAAUACUUUUUCAGGGGGAGUGAAGUUUAUUUAUUGUCUAGAAGCAUAUGAAAAAAAUUGUACAUACAUAUAUUUAUUCUAUAAAUAAGGUGUUUAUUUUUAAUUUUAUUUCGUCUCUGGUAUAUGUUUAUUUGUGUGUGCAUCUGGCCAGUAGAGUAACCUCGCUUGCCGCCCUAGAUUUGUGGCAAAUCUAACAAACAUAUCAGAUUGUGGUGCCUAAUAGCUGACAAACCUCAUAGUCGCACUGGUCCAGUAUACUGAACCUUAACAAACCGUAAGUAGAGGGUCAAACGUGAAGCUGCAUUUCAUUGUGUUCUUGAGCUGAUUUUUUGAAAAGUGAAAUGAACUGAUCUAGCGGAGGUUGACAUAUGAAAGACGACAGAAAUGAGAGCUAAACAUGUAUAAAAUAUGCUGCUUCUUCAGUAGCAGGAUUGGCUUGUACCCAUUUAUGUCCAAUUGUGUUCAUCUCUGGAAAUGGAGCAUCAAAAACUGAAGACUCCAAGCCACCUUUUAUUUCAGUGAGGAAGUUGGCAGCAUCUUGUGUUGACAGGCCGGGCUGUUCUUGUGUCUGUUCGGAAUGGCGUUCCUGGGGGUUUUCUUCGGAGGUCAAAACCAAAAGUUGAUGGUACCUUCCUGAAAGUGUUUUUUUUUUUUUUUUUUUUGUUAAAGGAUAUGAUCUGUCUGUGAUUUUUUUUUUUUUUUUUUUUUCAUUCUUCUUAUUUUGCUGUUACAAGUCAAUGGAAACUUCAUAGUGGCACUUUAGAUUUAUAUUUUAAUUUUUAAUUUUUAUGUAUGCUAUUGAGCCAGGUAGGACACAGGACGGCCUCUUGCCACUUCUCUGUUGUUUUGUAUUAAUUGUGUGUGACUUUUGUCCCUCCCACUAAAUUCUGCAUGAUCUCCAUUCUCUAUUCUCCAUCUCUAUUCUGCGUCUCCAUUCCCCACCUCUCCGCCCCACAGUGUGUCCUCAUGCUCUGCCUCUACACGUCUGUGUCUGGACUCCCAUAAACAGAUUUACAUGUAAAACUGCUGGAAUAAAGGAGUAUAUUAUUUCGUACCCUA